AUGUCCGCCUCGAGAUCAGUCGCCGCCGGCCUGGCUGGCCUACCGACCGUGGCGUGCCGGAGCCUGCAGCCCGGUCGCCUGCAAAUGAAGACUGCUCUGUUUGCAUCGUCAUUCGCAGCCCAGACCAAGUCCAUCUCCGCGCCUCGAUGGGCGUGGGCAUUGACACCCUCGCGGCGCACCUUCACAACCACGACGCCGAGGCGGCACGGGCACAUCGAGCCGCCGAAACCCGGCGAAGAGCUCUACGUCACGUUCAUCGAAAAGGACGGCGAGGAGCACAAGUUUGCCGUCUCCGAGGGUGACAACCUCCUCGACAUUGCGCAAGCCAACGACCUCGAGAUGGAGGGCGCGUGCGGCGGCUCCUGCGCCUGCUCGACGUGCCACGUCAUCGUCGUCGACGAGGACAAGUACGACAAGAUGCCCGAGCCCGAAGACGACGAGAAUGACAUGCUGGACCUCGCCUUUGGCCUGACGGAGACGAGCCGGCUGGGCUGCCAGGUCAAGAUGACAAAGGAGCUCGACGGCCUCGUCGUCAAGCUGCCGUCCAUGACGCGGAACCUGCAAGCGAGCGACUUCCAAUGA